AUGUCGGCCACGGAACGACAAACGCCUCCCUCAGGUGCUAGCACCACCUCCGUAGAUUGGACCAGCCCUACGAACAGCAAUACGAAGCCGAAUACCCACACCCAUGAGGACGACAUACCCCUCUUGCCCUUAGAAGUAGUCGCCGAGGUUCAACAUCGACGCAACGACACCCAACCGGGCCAGUCCGGCCUGAUCAAAAUAAUUCAGGAGGCGAAGCAGGUCGAUGAGCAUGCUGCUGGUGAGGACAAGGUUCGCUUAAGUGCGCGGCCUCUGUCACGAGAAUGGCUGAAAUUGAUGCUGAGUCUGGGCAUCAGGGUGAUUCAAAUCGCCAUCAUUGCCGUCGUGUUCUAUAUCGGAGGCAAGCAACAAGCCUUCAACCUCAGCGAUGAUCAAGUGAUGCGGGGUAUCAUGGUGUCAGUUGACGCCCAACUGGCUGUGUUUGGUGUCGCUAACAAGAUUCUCGAUUACCUCAUGGACAUGGCAUUGGAUCAUGCCGUCUCGGUAACGUUGACUCUGUGGAUGGCUUGCUCCAUCAGCGAUCACUACGCUGGUAUCAAAGUCGAUGAUUUCUCUAUAAAAGAAGAGCUUUCCAAGCCGUGGAUUGCAGGAUGGGCUUUCAUCCAACGCUGGCGCAAAGAUGGCUUCCGGUUUACCUCCCUCGGACGUGGAAUGCUCUGUCUGGCUGUUUCCCUCGCGGUCGUGCUGCAGGGAGCUGGAGUCAACACCAUCGGCAUGCCAAAGGCCCGGUGGUCGCCCUCUUACUAUGGCGGCGUUCCAGAUUCGUCUCAGACUCUGAUAUUGCCUCUCAUGCGUAUGCUUAACGCCAAUGUUGAUGCGAUCUGGACUCAAGCUGCCGCGAUGAGCGCCGACCCAGACCCGAACGCAAUCGGACAGAUCGUCGCAGCUCUAGAGGCUUCUAUGACUUUCACCGGUCUCUCGGGGUUGAGAAAUGCCAUGAACAGCGACCCAACGAAGCCCGGUUGGUACGAGGUGUAUAAGUCGUCAGGCAGCUAUAUCACGAGCAUCCAGGUUCCGACAAACACUUCUCAAAGGAGCAUCCAAACCGUUUCCAUGCAGUUCGGUGGUAUCACCGCUAUCUGGCAGUCGCAAACAAUAUACGGGAAUCAAUGGGCUCGUGGUUCGACCGGUUAUACAGGCAACCUCAAUUUGACCUUGCCUUUUCUCCAGACUGAAUGCGUUCCAAGCACAAACUUGACAGCAACGGCCAACGACACGAUGAUUGCCCAGCAUCCAGUCGAUAUGAAUUCCAGUGACGCUACAAUUCGGGUUUUGGUCGGGGCAUCCGGGAAUUUCACGGGAGCCAACUGCAGUGUGACCUUCCGACAAGGACUCUUUCCGGUCGCUGUCUGGAUUGUGGACAACGCAGCUCCAGAUGCCUCGCUAGUCAACUACAACAAUCCGUGGUGGCUCGCCAAUGAUCCGCUGAACCCACCCACGUAUCUAUUCCCACCGACCAAGAACGACACGGCCUUCGCUGCGAAUCUGGCCGAUCUCUUCAACGGGAUUGCCCCCAAUCUGAUGGGUCUUGUUCAGCGCGGACCCAGUCUGACGGAUCAUAUGGUUGCGCUCUCGCGACAAUUUGUCGCCCUCAAUCGGACCGCCUGGGAUUCUGACGCGGCAGGAAUGACGCCUGUCAUCGGGACACUGCUAAGCCAGACCCUGACCACGGCCACCUGGAAGGAAGAAGCCGAUCCCGAGGGUGCCACCGUGACCAGUGCCCCUAUUACAUGGCAGGGCUACGGAUCUAGUCCGCGGCUCCUCUGGGAAUGGACCAUCGCGCUCGCGCUAGGAGUGGUUCUGGUCGUGGCCGUGUGGGACAUUUUCCUGAUUCUGUAUUACCAUCUAUCCGAACCACCUGUGAGGGAUACCGGGGGUCUGUGGUUACGAAAACCGGAGGGCAUUCAGGAAUCGAAGAUUGAGGAGACGUUUGAGAAGGUCUACUAUUUACGGGAGACGGAUCGAGAGGUCUUUAUUACGGUGGACAAACAAGGUGGGAAGGUUCUGAAGCCGGAUGUUGAGUAUACAUGGCGUCAUUGA